GCAGCGGGCGGCUGGUCGCACGAAGCCUGGCGCGGUCUCGCUCCUGCCGACAGACACCGAGGUGGGUCCCUGGACGCGCGCGAUGCCUCCCGCGGCGAGGGCCGGCUGCCCCGACCGCCCGCCCUCUGAGACGGAACACUCCCGUGAGGACCUGCCAGCGACUCCGGGCUCGUGUUGAAGGGCGCCUGCCACCGACCCCUGGGCGUGCUGCAACCCUGCGCGCUCCGCCCUGUCGAGAGGACAGCAUACACUUCAGGCGGGCGCCACACAGACAAGGAUGCGGGCGCCAGGUCGAGCGGCCGGAGCAAGCGUCGUGGCGGCGCUGGUGCUGGCGGCGUGCGCCGCGGCGGCGGGCCAAGAUCCUGGCCCCAAGGCGCGCCGGCCACCCUACAGGUUCGACCUGCCCAAGAACGACAUCUUCCGCGUCACGGCCGCCAUCCCGGACAACCACCAGGUGUCCGCCUUCCUCUUCAAGGGCGAGACCAAACUGUUCUUCUACGAGCAGCGCAAGAAGGACAGCGGGCUGUUCAUCGCCGUGACGCCCUGCACUUCCAGCGUCGCCUGGUCCGUACUCUACAGGAACCACAGCGACGCCGGCGACAGACUGGCGGACGUGACGGUGGCCAGCCUGGGGGCGCCGCUGGAGAGCAACCGCGGCGCAGACACCGAGGUGUUCGCGCGGGAACACGCGCCCCCGGGCCUCUACGUGCUGGAGGUGACGCCCCUGGAGCGGGAGAGCUACGUGCAGUUCUACGCCACGGAGGACCCAGGCGGGCCGGCGGCGCUGAGCGUGCCUCACCGCGCGCGCCUCAGGCUGCGGCGGCGCGGGCGGCGGCGCCAGCUGGCGGUCUCCUGGGAGCAGAGCAAGGUGGACCCGCACGUGACGCAGUACUGCCUGGCGGUGAACGCGCGCCGCCACUACCGCUCGCUGUGCGAGGCUCGCGGCGAGGCGCAGGGGGUCGCGCCGCCCCCGCCGGCUCCCCGCGCCCCCGGCUUCGACCCGCGCCUGGAGCGGGCGCAGGCGCGCAAGAGCGAGCUGGCCAGCAAGGCGGCGCGCGCCGGCCGCGGGCUCAAGGCCGACCUGCUGGUGGAGUGCGUGGGCCGCCGCACGCAGUACACGCUGACGCAGCUGGAGCACGGCAAGGUGUACCACUUCGACGUGUUCGGCGUGAACCGCAAGACCAACCUGAGCUUCCCGUACGGCCGCGCGGCGCUCAAGUACGACCAGCGCAGCCGGCCGGCGGCCCUGCGCGACGCCAAGGCGGCGCGCGUGAACCUGCGCAAGCUGGACGGCCGCGCCACCUUCAAGUUCAAGGUGGGGCGCCAGGCGCCGGGCCCGCUGCAGAUGUACGUGAUGCCGUGCGGCGGCGCCGUGGACGCCGAGGUGACGUCACAGGGCAAAGUGGUGGUGGCGCGCCGGCGCGUCGAGGGGUACGACGUGCUGCGGGUCGCCGACGCGGCCAGGGGCCAACGCUUCCUGCUCAAGGUGGUGGCCCGCGACCCCGACGAGCUCAGCCGGAUAUCUGCGCUCGAGGUGCUGGCGACGGCGCGCGGAGACGCCGGCUUCCCGCUGCCGGCCAUGCCGCAGGAGCGGCGGCUGCACGAGUUCCCCGGGCUGUCGGACUGCCGCUCCGUGACGCUGGGCUGGCUGCCCUCGCCCGACCCGGCGGCGCGCUACUGCGUCAGCGCCGCGGAGCUGCGUCGCGGCUGGGACGAGGCGCCCGGAGCCACGCCCGACCAGUGCGCGGCGGAGCGGCGCCGGCCCCAGCACUGCCUGGCGCGCGACCCGGCCGCCAACAGCACGGUGAUGACUCACCGGGUGAGAGACCUGAAGCCAGGUCGCGGCUACGUCGUCCAGGUGACGGCCAAGAAGCUGCGCGGCAAGGCGCUCGCCUACGACCUGCUGCAGGUCGUCACCAAGGACUCGUGCUCGUAA